CAAGGUACAAGCAAUAGUUGUGGCAACCUUGGCUGCAACCGCUGCCGUAACAAUGGGUUGGGUUGCCGACGGUCAUUUCAACAUUGACCACGCGACACUACUAUGUGCGAGCAGUCUCGUUACAGCAACCGUAGCGAGCCUUAUUCUGGGUUCACUUAUGGUAGCUAUUAUUGUUUUGUCUCGGAAAUUGAGGAUUAAUCCAGAUAAUAUUGCUACGCCUAUUGCGGCAAGUCUUGGAGAUUUGGUCACACUGGCAUUAUUGUCAGGCAUUAGCAGUUUCUUGCACAGAUGUUUAGGUAUGGUGAGAAUUUGAACUUAAUAAUUUUAUUUUAACUCGCGAUUUUAAGUUGCGAUUACGAUUAGCAUUUCUACAGGGUAUCUCACCAAAAACGCUAUGGAAAUUCAACAGGCUGCCGUGCAUCAUAAACGUGGCUAAACAAUUCAAUUUUUACAUAGGACGAAAGAACAGUUAUUUAGCUUUACAAUGAUACUCUUGUUAAAUCGUAACGAUGAGAAAUGGCCUGAUACUCGUCAAAUAAAAAUUGCCGGUUUAAAUCACAUUCUUCCACUGUUGGGAAUUGCAUGGAAAAUGAAACACAGACAAUUCCCAAGAGUGAAUUAAAGUUCAAUGUUAAAUUACCUAAAAUGAGCUCAACUUCUCAAUCUUCGUCUUAGUGAGACAAUAAAAACGUCAUGAUUAUUGAAUUUAAACAUGGUUCAAUUAACCACUGAACAGAGAACAUUGAUUAUUUGAUUUUGUAAUCAAAAUGUUUUACGAAGCAAAUACCUUCAGCAGCAAACUCGCGUUGCUUUUGGAUUGAUUAACUUUGCAUAAUUAAUGUCUUUUCAAUUCCCAACGGUGAAAGAAUGUGAUUUUGACCGACAAUUUUCAUUUGACGAGUAUGUGGCCAUUUCUCAUCAUUAUGGUUUAAGAAAGGUAUCAUAGAAAAGCUAAAUAACAGCUCUUUUGUCCUAUGUAAAAAUUGAAUUUUUUAGCUAAGUUUAUGAUGCACAACAGCCUGUUGAAUUUCCAUAGCAUUUUUUUUUUAGACACCCUGUAUAGCGCAAAUUUAAAUAUGGAUAUGAUCAAAUGUGCCUUACAUCAAGUAUCAUAUGCUUACCUAAUUACAUGCUUAGCCUACACAGCAAAAAACGCCGAGCCCGCUGCUCAACAGGAUUGAACAAUGUUUUGCUGCCCAUGUUGUUCACACUUGUUAACAAUAUUGAACAAUAUUGUUGAGACUGAAUCGGUGUAACAAUAUUGUUCAAUAUUGUUGGCAACUGUGAACAAUGUGGGCAGCAAAACAUUGUUCAAUCCUGUUUUCAUCAAUAUUGCAACAACCUGAGCGUUUUUACGCGUGUAGACUAUUUCAUCUUUACAACAAUUGUGAUAUUACUUUCUUAGCUGUGUUUAUCCUAAUCCACUCUGUCAACUUUCCCUGUGGGAGGAAACCGGAGCACCCGGAGAAAACACACGACUUUCGGCAGAGCGUUGACUGACGCUUUUCACCUGAGUCCGUAACUAGAAUCGAACCCACAAUCUCAGCGGUCAAAGGCACUUGCAGGCCUUAAAAUAUCUUUUACAGGGCCGUCUGACAAAAUCAUCGAGUUUGGGUUUGGGUCGGACAUAUGUAUGACGAUGUCCGAUGACCAUCAGUUCAGCUUAAUAGCUCGGAAAUAAGUCUGUACACGGUUAAGGUCCGAAUGACACAAAUAUCAGCAUAAUGUAUUAAUUUUGAACGGUAAAUGUUAUGAAGAUAUUGAAUAAUUUGUGUCAUUCAUACUUAUUUCUAAGCCAAAACUAACUUGCAUGCCAAUAACAACAGUAAGAUGUCGACACUUAAGAUCAUUUUCCACUUCACCAUUUCGCUCGCCGCCGGCAACAUUUUGAUUUACGUUGGACAAUUAAGUUACAGUUCGGUCGGACACCAAUACACUCAGGUCGGACAAACAAUAAACCUCAGUUUCACUUAGGUCGGACAGAAUGUCCGGUGGUUUCCUCUGAACGUCGGACAAUUUCACGAAUGGGUGGGACAAUGCCCGUGACCGACCGAUAUUUUAAGGCCUGGGCACUUGGCCGCUUGCUCAACCGAAGUCACUGCAAUGUGCUCAAUGGGUUAAUCAGACUGCCCAUGUGUCUAGUUAACCCAUUAAGUUGUGUAGCACCCUAAUGCACCCUACAUUAUUAUUUUACUCUGUCUAAUGCUAGAUGAUUUUGGUUUAGCGCUAGCUUUCAGUGGUUUAAAAAGAAAUAAUGCAUCUAGUUUUAAUGACAAUUUAAACUCUUCCCUAGGUUCAAAUCACUGGAUAGCACCGCUAAUUAUUGCAAGUUUUUUUCUCAUCUUGCCAUGUUUUAUAUACAUCUGUCAUCAUAAUAUAUACACUCAGAAUAUUUUAUAUAAUGGAUGGAAUCCUGUUAUUAGUGCUAUGGUGAUAAGCAGGUGAGAUUGGCCUUGUAUUACGAGCCCUUGAGUUGAAAUAUUUUGUAUAUUUAUAAAAACUACAGUGUCUGACAGUACAGGCCUUAUUGGGCAAACUGUCACGAAAACAAACUAAUACUUUGAUUAUUUUCAGUACUGGUGGUGUUAUACUUGAUUAUACUGUUGCAAACUACAAAGGAAUUGCCGUAUAUAACCCAGUUAUCAAUGGUAUUAAUAAAUCUUACAUGUAGCAGUAUUUCUUCAUGACUUAUGACUUGAUGUUGUAUGCUAGCUAUGUAAAGUAAUAUCCUACAGAUUAUUAAUUAACAAUUAUUGAAUGAGGUUGAGCACGAUAUGAAGAAUUAUCAAGCCCGAAGUUUGCCGUUAUCAACCGAAGCCGAAGGCUGAGGUUGAUAACAGCAAACUGAGGGCUUGAUAAUUCUUCAUAUUGUGCGAAAACCGAAUUCAAUAAUUGUUUCUUUAUUUAUUUAAAAAAUUCAAAACAAACUUUUGUAUUUUAUUUGUAUUAAGAAAAAAACAAUUCCUUAGUCCUUCGGCAGCCGUCGUCGCGUCAUAUCAAUGGCGUCAGCGAGUCAAUAUGAUUCUCGUCGUCAUAGUAAUAUGGCGCAAACGCGUCCAAAUUUUUUUCAUAUUGACUCUUUGACGUCAUUUUGCUAAUAUGAAUGUGAAAAAUCCGUAUUUGGUUAGCCAUUGAGUUCCAGGUGAUCUUAAUACGCGGAAAAGUACUGGCACUAGUUGUCAAAUAGAAAUCCAUUUUAUGAUUAAAACAACUGAAUAUCUCCUGUAAUAUACUUUAUUUCGAUUCCAUAUUUUUGUCAGAGCUAUAGUUCUCAUAAGCAAACAUAAUCACAAAAUUUCAACUAGUUUCAUAAAGAAUAACGAAAGAUAUGAUUGACUGAAUACAUCAAAAUGGAUUUCUAUUCGGACAACCCUUUCUGAGCGCUGAUUGACUAAAAUACGAACACGAGAUCACCUGGCCUUAAUAUGACAACUUCACAGUUGGCUGUUAGCCAAUCAGAAACCAGGAUUUUUUAAAAUAAAUAAUAUAAAUUAUGUAUUUGUUUGACUGUGUGUAUGAAUUUGUUUGUUUGUUUGAAUUGUAUUUAUGUUUGUCUACUUUCUUGUUGUAAAACUGUGAACUCGCUACUAAGAGUGACUAACAUUGUGAACAUUUCAAUCAGGCGUUGGUGGAAAUCUAGUCGCGGUUCAAGCAAGCAGGAUAUCAACCAGUCUGCAUCAGAAAGGCAAGCCAGGGGAAAUGCCUGAAGAGUCUGGGUUUAAAGGAUGUAUACAUACAUUCUUUGGAAAAGGUAAGUAUUGUUCAAGUGCU